GUCCUAAAUGUGUGUGUGUUCUCUAGUUGUAAAGAGCUGCAUCUUCAGAUUACCACAAAAAUUGUAUAAUUCCUCUUGGGGGGGGGGCAAAUUGCAAAACUAGGAGGCUGCCAGAGAAUGCUCUCUCCUGGGCCACACCCCCCCCCCGGCCUCCUCUGUUGAUCUUAACACCUAAAAUGGUAUGAAUUAGGCCCAGAAGUGAACUGCCAACCAAUGCAGCUGUUUUAAAGGUUAGAUGACUUCUAAAUGGAAACCUAGCCAGUAAUCUGCAUUUUUGGACAGUUGAGGUUUCUAAAUAGUCUUCAAGGGCAGGCCCACGCAGGACACAUUGCAGCAAUCCAGUCUGGAAGUUACAUGGCAUGAGUGGAGAGAGGUACCAUCUCACAGCCUUUGAAUGCCCUCUUCCACAUGAGCCUGCUGUUAAAUCCCCCAUCAUCUUUAGAAACCCUUCUCUGAUUGUCCUUGGCUCUCUCAGAGAUCAGGCAGCUGGCAACUGUGACGCUUGCUUUUAUGUUUUGUGGCUCACUCGACACCCACUCUUAUGCCAUUCCAAUGUUAAGUAAACACAAAGGUCAUUACCUCAUUUUCCAAGGCCUUUUCAGAAACUGUUUAAAUAUUUUUUACUUUAUUUCUCUGACAUUUAUGUUUCCAGUGCUCUGCUGUUCAUAUUGUUUGAUACAUCAUUUUAUUUUUUAAAGAAACCUUUUGUAUAUGAUAGCUAGCCAUCCCGGGAGGAGCAGUUCUAAACAGUGUGGUCCGAUUUAUUUAAAACAAACUGCUGUAAAGGCCCUGACAGAGCAGACCUUGCUGAUACUUAGGAACAUAGGAAGCUGCCUUAUCAGAGCAUUAGUGCCAUCAAGCUCACUGUUUGUGCGCUGACCAAUAGUAGCAAUGCAGAGUUUCAGAUGGGGUCUGUUCCAUCCCUACUUAGAGGUGCUGGGGUUUGAAACUGAGACAAAACAGAUGCUCUAGCAUUGAGCAUGCUCCUGUUUUAGUUGAAAAUGGUUAGGCAUAGGUUUUUUAAGAUGCCUUUGGCAAAUCUUUAUCUGGAAAGGUAGCAUGUAAUUCUUGAACAUAAAUGUACUAAAUAUAAUUUUCUAUAGUAGAGAUUCUAAGGGUUGUUUUUAGAUGGGAGUAGCAGGUGUGCAAAUGUGAAAAAUAAUACAGAACAUAUAAUAUGAAUAUGAACAUUCAAUAACUAAUCCCUGAAGUAUUGCCUUGAUGAUUUUAAGUGUGUGUGGUAGUAACCGUGUUUUGAUCAUUUUGAAUAAAACCCUGAUGUUUCUACCUAUUGCGAUAAGAGUAUAAAUCAUUACUAUUCCCAAAGGAGUCUAAAACUGGUAUGUUUAUUCACUGAAAACAGAAAGAGCAAGGUUGAGCAGGAGGAGGGAGAAUUCUUUCUUCUUCUUCUUCUGGUGAGCCACAUUUAAUGUUCCAGCAGUGAAUUACUGCCUCCCCUCCCCACACCCCUGACUUUAACCUGUGAGAGUUUCUUCCUGAGAGAGGAGGCAGAGGAAGAGGAGGAGGAGGAGGAGGAGGAAGGUGGCUGGAGGAGAGUGAAGAGCUCCCCAGCACUAUUUGCAGGUGCUCUCAAGAGGCGGAGGAGGCCGAGAAGGGCAGAGAGGAGGAGGACGAGGAGGACAUUAGGCUAGUAGCCGUGUUUCCUCAUGAUCAUCAGAAACUCCUGCUCGCUCACUUCCCCGUCUCCAUUCAGGUCCGCUUCGGUGAUCAUUUCCUGCAGUUCCUCGUCCGUCAGCUUCUCCCCAAUCUCGGAGGCGACGCGCUUGAGGUCUUUAAAGGCGAUCUUGCCCCUUUCCGGGUCCUCGAACAGCUUGAAGGAUUUCAGGAUCUCCUCUUUGGGAUCCGUUUCGGACAUCUUCUUGGUCAUCACGGAGUAAAAAGCGUCGAAGCCGAUCUUCCCCGAGCCUUCUUUAUCCACUUCGCCCACGAUCCUCUUGAUCUCUUCUCUGGUGGGUUCAAAGCCCAGGGCCCGAAUGGACACCUUCAGGUCUUUCACGUCGAUGGUCCCGGUGCCGUCGGAAUCCAGCAGGUCGAAGGCAUCGCGCAUCUGCUGCUUUUGAGCGGGGCUGAGCUCAAGCUUAGGGCCUUUCUUCUUCCUCUGGGACCACUUGCUCCUAUAAGCCAUCCUUCGGGGCCCUCAAGGCAGCGCCGACCGGGCUCCUCAAGCUGUUCUGCCCGCUGCUACUGGCUGCUCCUCGCAAACGCCCGGAGGGAGAAUGCUUCUGCCGAUGGGGAGAAAACAGUUGAAGGUUGCCAUGGCAGGGAGGAUCAUGGAUGUCAGAGACCGGAAGUAGUAGAGGGACGGACUACAUUUCCCAGCAUGCUCCUCGAGGAGGCGGAGCAAGAAUGAGCUGAUCGCUGCUGUUGGGAGACAUUUAACAGGAGAAGCCUGAGCCUUGGGCAAAAAAAGGUGAGCGAACCUGUCACGGAAGGUAGGAGCGGGGAACAACUUGUGCUGUUUGUUCUGUUUUGUUAUUUGGGAAAUGAGGCGGAAGGUCAGCUGUUCUUCGGCGCCGCCAGCCUUCUAGGCCGUGCUUAGGGAUGACGCUUUGCUCUCAAAAAGUUGGAGGAGAAAAAACAUUGUAUUGUUAUUUUUGUCCUUGCAGUUGUCAGGUUCUGUCUGUAAUUGAGGGAAUUGGGACUAGAUAUGUGUUGCUGGGAAGUCUCGCCCCCGAUCCCCACCCCAAGAGUGUGUAAUAAUAGAUGCCUAGUAAUAAUGGGUGGGUGUAUAUCGUUGUGUACUGGGAACAGGAAAUCACUGGCGCUGAGGCUGGCUUUGCAAAGCUUAUCUAAAAGCCCCCUGUGAGUGAGGAUGGGGUGAGUGUAGAUAAAAGUUGUUGGGAAGUUUUGAAUUGCUUGUUUAGCUGUUCGCCAGGGGUGCGUGAUGUCGCACUUGUCAGGUCACAACAGACGUCUAAGAAAGGAAAUGACAGGUGCUGUUAAGUCCUGGGAAAUAGCAAUGGGAUGGCCUGGAAAAAGUGGAAUUUAACGGAGGACUGGUGUACGAGUGAAUUCAGUGUAUACCAGCAGUUACUCCAAUACAGUCUUUUAAAAUCGCUUGUUCGAACUUCCUGAUCAGGCUGGCGAAAGUAGGGUGAAACGAUUAACCCCCAUCCGUCCAAAUCCCUUUUCUUUUAGCGCAUGUUGCUAAUGACACCUCUCAUCCACUUUGAAGACGAGAGUACAAAAUCUAGAGGAUAUGACCCAUUUAGGCUGCAAUUCUGUGCAUGCAUAUAUGGGAGUAAGCCCCUCUGAACCCGGUGGCAUGAGCGCAGCCAGGAUUUUUUUUGGGGGGGAGGUGCUUUUGUUAGUGGGUGCAGGACAUAGUUUGCUAUGUAUUUUAAUUUAUUUUUAUUGAUUGGGGGGGCAGCUGCCCCUCUCUACCCCCCCCCCCCGCUACGCCCAUGCCUAGUAGUAUUUACUUCUGUGUCAGCAUUGGGUUACGAAUCGUUAACCCCCCUAAGUAUAAUGAUUUCGGAGCAAGCCCCAUUGACUUCUCUGGGGGUCGGGCUUAAAAGCAUUCAGAAGGACAGGUCACGCGAGCUAUGUAAUUGGGCCGUAAUUGGGAGAUGAACCUACACAAGACUUGAGCGAAAGGAGGGUAGUAAACACCCCUUUCCAUGGCGCCUUUGGCACAGCCCUUUACUCCCAAUUCCAUACUGUAACUGGGGGGGAAAUAGUUUAUUAUUCCCCGUUGAUCCUUCCUCCCCUUCCUGUUCGCUGCCUCGCGUCUUUCAUAUUGUAAGCCUCUCGGGGCAGGGACCUGUUUUCUUUCCAAAGCUGACAUUAUAUAAAUCAAUAAAGAUUAAACCGACAAGUUGUGUGCUGUAGAAGGGUGAAGCCGGGGCACUGUAAGGAGUGACAAUCCAGGGUGGACUUUGGGUUUAGUUAGUUUACUUAUUUCUUUUCCACCACCACGCCAGAGUGGGACCAAAAUAGGCAAGCCUCAAAACCACAGGCGUACGCCUUAUUAUUAUUAUUAUUAUUCCUUCACUUCGGGCUGUUUUACGAGGGAGCGAACACCGUCGCCUCCACGACUCCUUCACGAGGCGACCGAGGGGCGACUGGGGCCGAGGGGAGCCCAUCUUCUGUGGGGCUGGGGCGACUGGGGCUGUGAGGGGAGCCGCAAAGGCCUGUCCUGGCUUUCCUGCCUCUCCUUGGCUGAAGGGGGCGGAGGCAGCCGCGGCCCUCGCGUCCCCUCCGCCACCGCCUCCUUCGACAGACCCCCGUUAUGUCCUGCGUUCACUCGGUUACAGGGAACUCCUGGGCGAAGGGAAGAAGCGGCGGCGGCGGCGGCAGCGCGAUUCCGGCGGCCGACGCGACAAGGGGCCCAUUGGAGGGAAGAGGCGGGACAUGGCGGAGACGGAGGAGAGAGGCGGCGGCGGCUCGCUGCACGAGACGCGCUUCGAGGCGGCCGUCAAGGUGAUCCAGAGCCUGCCCAAAAACGGUGAGUGAAGCCCGGGAGGAGCGAGGAGACGGUUCGAGGGCCAGGAACCGGGAAGGUGGGGCAGCGAAGGCGACAGAGACCCCGAGGAGAGGGUGGGAAGCGCCGCCUCAUUUCUGUGCCUCUUCGCGGGGCGAGGAGAAGGGUCCCCCUGAAUUGGGGUUUUUCUCCAUCCCAGCCACGCCACACCCACAGGAGCCGCUGCGAAAGACCUGCAUCUUUUCUCUCCCUCCGCCACCCCCCUGCCUUCUCCUGCCAACCAGCUCUAUUAUGAAUUCACUGGCCAAUCUUGAAAAUUUGCCAUUUAAAAGACGGCCAAAUUUAAGAUUGUCAGAUUUAAAAGACAGUUAAAACUGUUUGGAAAAACCGGCACAAUAUAUUGGGGAAUGGCCUUUCCUGGCAAAAGCAUUUCUUUAGCAAGAACUCUAGUGCUCCUGGCUCUUUUUUUCUACCUAGGCAACCAUUUUAACUUGUUUACCUUAUUAUUUGGAGGAUUUGUAUUCCACCCCUUGGGCCAGCUGACUGGCAGAACAGCUAGCAUAAGAUUUCUCUAAAAGUCUUUAUGGUACAGUAGUUGGCUACUUAAAAGCAGCAGGGGGAAGAACCUGUAGUCGGAUAAAAAGGCAUGCAUGCAAUACCAAGAAUCUAAAAGCAGGGAAGGUUGUCCCUUAGCACUGGUAAGGAGCAGUUGGAGCCAGGCAAACGUCUCUGGAAAGUACAUUCUGGCUACCGCAACUCAGAAGGCCUUAUUGUAGGCCUCUUUCCACCUUGUCUUCUAAAGGUAUCAGACAAAUUUUAAUGGCCUGUUGGGUUGCUGAGGGAAUAGGUGGUCCUUGCAGUUCUGUACAUCCCUACUCUGAAGCCAAAUUUGAGUACUUAUACACACUUAUGUGUAUAUAGAACUGCUGCCUUGAUGCUCAUUGUGCAUAUUAAGUUCCAUACAAAAUUGUUCCUUUCCCCAAAAUGAAACAUUCUGCAAUCUCUGUGUGUAAUCCUGAUACGUAGUUUAAUAUUUACAAUGAAAAGUUGAUAACCUUAAAUUGAGAGCAGAACUAAAAAUAGUAUGUCCAAAAAGAAAAGCUUCCAUCUCUAUUUAAGAGAGCCAAAUACUCAGCCAACUCUGCUCCAGAGGUUUUUUUUAAAGCCUUCAACUAUUUUCUUUUUUAAAAACAACCAUGUUAUCCCAAGCACUGCAAGCAAGGAGGGGUUUGCCUUGAGCGUGUUAUGUUCAUACUUGAUUUUGCAUUGGUAACAGCUUGUGGGUGUAAAUGGUGUGAUUUUCAAAUCCCUUCUCUUUCCCACCCCACCCUUCUGUGAAAUUGGCGGAGUCGCAUAACACUGGAAAACUUAAGCUGCAUUCGCUUCAUACUUAAGAAUGGUGUGAACAUUUGAGACAGCCGUUGCACAUGUGCAGAUGACAGUUUCAUGAAUAGGAGCUUGGGGGAUGGGGUUGCAGGGAUGGAAAAAUCAAAAUGGCCAUGCACACAUUUGAGUGAAUACACCCUGCUCUAAUGUUAACAACACUAUGCAAAUGUGGCCUGAAACACAGUGGGAUGAAAUGACCUCACUGUGUUUUAAGUCGCCAAUAUGAACAUACCCAUAAUAUUAGAAAAUGAGAGGUGUCCUUCAUAGUGUGCAUGUUAUAAAUGUUUUUCUGUCUCACUUUAGUAACAGAAUCUUUAAAAAAUGUAUCAAUCUAAAAUUUUGAGCUUGUGCAAGUUCCAUUCUAAGAGCUAAGGAUUGGCUGGUGGUCAGGUACACCAGCCAUGUAUAAAGUGGUAGCAUAAGCAGUCAAGAAAUCUUCUCCUUACCUGGUUUUCAGUAGGGCAGAUAGUAUUGGGGUAGCCAUGGGAGCAGGGCCUAUGAUAGAAACUGCUUGAAGCAGUUUGACUGGAAUAACCUAACCAUUGAUUUAGGUAACCAUAGUGGGGUAAAAUGACUUUGGGGGUUUUUGUCACAGGAGGAUCUGCUGUGGUAUUUUAAUCCUUGACAGGGUUUUGAAUUUCUAUAGCUUUUUUUCCAGUACUACAAUAUGUCUUCAACACAGGAUGUGUGUGAGCUGCACUACAGUAGGGACAAUUCUACCAUAAAGCUAGCAUGAGAAGUAUCAGCAGUCAUGUUUUUUCUGUUUGUUUGGACACAUUACUUUCAUUAAUAGGAGAAUCAACAACAGGGAUGAUAUAAUAUAAAGGUGACUAUGUUUCUUUGCACAAGUAUACUUUACUCACUAGAGUAUCCUUUCUGAUUAUAGAAUGAAAAUAAACAUAGAAGGUGCAAUCAGUUGAUUUUUUAAAAUCAGAAAUUGGUGUGCAUAAAGUCUUGAGUUUAGUCCUUGUUAUGGGUGUACUUAGUUCCCAGUAGCCUGGUACUGUAAGUCAUGCAGUCAUAUUCUAUUUAUUUUGGACUGGAUCUUUAACUUUGAACUGGAUGCCUUAACUUAAGUUAGUUGAACUUUGGUCUCAUUGAAUUCAGUGCGAACAAUAAGUCAUGGUUUAAGUUAUGGCCCCUUGAUUUCAGUGGAACUUCAGUUAAAUUAACCACGUGUGAAUCUAACCCUUUGAGUUGGUACAGAAAUUAGGUGUUUAAAAGUAUCUGUCAUUUAUGGUGUUUCUCACUCUAAGAUUAUUUUCUCUAGGUUCAUUCCAGCCAACAAAUGAAAUGAUGCUCAAGUUCUAUAGCUUUUAUAAGCAAGCAACUCAAGGACCCUGCAGUAGUCCAAGACCUGGAUUCUGGGAUCCUAUUGGUAGAUACAAAUGGUAAAUAUGAUAUGCAAUAGGUGUUUUAAGUUUGUAUGUACACAAGCCCUGCUGUAGUGGGGGGCAGCAGGAAGGAUGAAUUACUGACUACUUUUUUUUUUCAUGGGACACUGCUACAACUCACCAAAGGGUAGACCAAAGGGUUUGCAUGCAGAACGUCCAGGUUCAUUUUCCUACAUCUCUAGGUAGGACUGGGAAAGACAUCUCAAACUCCAGAGGACCACAGCCAGUCAUGGUAGACAAUAUUGAGCUAGAUGGACCAGUAGUGUGACACUGUAUAAGGCAGCUUCCUGUGACAACUUGCAUAUGGAGAAAAGCCUUAGUUAUAAAGAAUAUAAAUGUGCACCAGAUCACUGGUAGUAGGGGAUGUUCUCAGCCUCUCUUUUUAAAAAACCAAGGCCUGGUAUCAUUUCUGAGAUUUAUGUUCCAGCUAUUUUACCUUUGUUACCUGGGGAAUUGACAUGUGCAUCCUGCUCUGCCUAGCACGCCAUGAUUACCUGAGCACUGCCACCUUCCCAGCUAUUUCUGUUUAAAAAUGUACCUAGUUCAGGAAAGAACUCUGUAGCUGUGAGGGUGCAGGCAAGAUUAAGAUAGAGAUAAUAAUUGCACAAAGAGACUUUCGGUACAGAAAAUGUUUUUUCUGAAACUUUAAGAAGGUUCAUUGACAAUUGUCUACCAGCAGACUGCAAACUGAAUUUUUGCAGACUGUCUCUGCUCCUCAUGCUGGUCUCCCACUAUUAGGAAAUAUCUUAAUAAAGAUGGUGGCAAUGUACAUGUAAAAUUGGUGGUCAAGCUGAUGGAAGUGCAAUGUUGCCCCCAUUCUUGUGAAGCAUAUGUUGGAGGUGGAGGUAGCCGGGUUAGACUCUGCAGUUUGGCUCUCCCUAACAGAGACAUUGUUGCCUGUAAGUACAUGUAAUAAUUUCUCUCAGUUUACAGAGGUUUCUUGUCAAACAAGUUCUGCAUGUUUUUGAAGCUCAAGCAUUUUUACCCAUUAGCUAUAAUAGGGCAGAAAUAAAAAAUAUGUAUAUGUAAGAGGAAUCUGUAUUUUUUUAGUGACUUUUGGGAAGUAUUAUAGAGCUAUACAGACCUCAGUAAAAAACGACGACGAAAGAGUUGAUAUUUGUUUUUUAGUUGCUGUUAUUCUCAGUGCAACCCUCCAGAGGUGUUCUUUUUUAAAAACUUGUGUUAUAAUUGAUAUUCACAGCAGAUUAGCAAAGUACACUUUUUAUUCAGGCAAAGGUUAAAUCAAAUUAAGUGCUCAUUCUUGUCUUUGGAAAGGGGAAAUAAUAAAGAUAAUAAUAAAGAUAAUAAUAAAGAUAAUAACAAUAAUACCAGGAAGUAAGGUAUUGUGGGAAGAGUGCUGCAUGGAGACAAUGCAAUCUUGUGAACUAAUAUUUCUCUUAAUAUUUUUUUAAGCUUCAGGAAAUCACUUGCAGGGAUAUUUGGCUAUUUUAAGAAGUAAACAAAACAAAACCCCAAAUUCUAAAACUGUAUUUUUUGGGGGAAGGCAAAAUAAGUCAGAGGAGUGUGUCAUAGGUCCUUGAUACAUCUGGAAGGUUUCUGUGACACUUGUGCAGUUUGAGGCAGGGAAUAGGUAUUGGGCAAUUGCAUUUUUGCAGCAGCAGCAGUGUUUUUUGCUCCAGAGCUGGAUAAUUGUCCCCCCCCCCCCCGGUGACUGCUGUGCUGUCUGUGACUUUCCCACACAGAGAUUUGACUAUGCACACAAUAGACAAACUUAUUUGAAAAGGCCAUCUGGGUUAUUGGAUCCAGCUAUUUAUUUACUUGUUUACGUUUUAUAUCUUUGACUUACCUGUUUCUCAAGCCUAUUGCAAAGAGUUAGUACAAGUUAUAUAUUCUGCAAAAUGUUGUGCAUUUUGAACUGGGCACACAAGCAGAGUAUAAAUUACUCAUAACUGUGACCUACCGUCAGACAAAAAGUGAGAAGGAAAAGAUGGAAACGAGGCCAUUUAUUAAAUAUUAAAAAGCACAUUGUUUGAAGACUGAGAAACCAAGCCUAUGUUAAAUCUCAAACUUAGAAUUUGUGUUACUCUACAGACAAUGAGCACAUAUUUAUGUACACAAAACUAGAUAGAUUGUGGCGAGUUCUGUCAUUGUAGAAUCAAGGGCUCAGUAAGAAUGAGCCUGUUGAAUCUUAUAGGAAUUAUAAUUUUAAAUGUCUUGAGGAUAUUUGUGAUAUUUAUUGUAGGGAUGCAUGGAGCGCUUUAGGUGAUAUGCCCAAAGAAGAUGCUAUGAUUGCCUAUGUUGAAGAAAUGAAAAAGGUAAGAGUUGCUAGGUAUGUCGAAGAAAGCAAAUAUUCCAGAAUAAUUUCAUUUCUAGGCACAUGAAGCUUGAAACUUGAUUAGCUUCUAGCCAAGCUUCAAAAGGAAUUGCUGCAAAUUAUUUGAUGGACUUUACCCUAGGCAGCCUAGCUGUCAAAAUGCUGAGAGCUUUAGGGAUAUUGCUGCCAUGAAAGAGAAGUGAGCAAUGCUUAUGCAGUGCAUUAUGGAAGUUUAUGGUAAGCAGCCUGCAGUGAAUCACUGGAACUGGAGCUAAUUCACAGCAAAAACAGAGAUGGAGAGAGGCAAUGGGCUGUGCAGGCUCUUUUAAAAAACACUUGUACUGUAAUAUCAGUUGGAAGAGUUUCAGCUCUUCUGAGUAUUUGAUAAAAGGAAUGCAUUACAAUAGUACUAGAUGACUCAGAACUGAAACAUGCAAAAAGCUAAACCUUGGGUACUUGUAUACAGCUUGCACCAAGAUUUCCAUUUUGCUGUGUAUUUUUGAUUAUGUGGGGUUAGGAUAGAUGACAGUACUCUUUAUAUAUUGGAAAUCAAUAGAACUAUCUAUCUGUCAAUCUAUAAAUACUUCAUAAUAGCUAACAAAAAUAAAAACACUGAAAACCUGCUUAGAGUACAAAGUCAGAAUUUAAUAUUUAUGCUAAUAUUAUAGUGAACAGUAAACCCUAGUGUUAAGGCCAUUGGAGGGUGUAGGAAGGUUAACAGAGAUGGCAAUCCUCAUAUGGGGUGAAGGUGCUGGAUUGAGGACAUAAGGAAAGGAAAUUUCUGAUGGGGAGAAAGAAGAGAGCAGAAAGCACGGGGAGAGCAUGUGUAGGAUAGGAGAAGGAAGGAAGGGCCCAUGAGCGAUGAAGGGGUGCCUAGAAGAGGUGCUGCAAUAGCCUGGCAAAGGAUCUAGCUUGAGGCUGAUGGAAGCUCAUCAGUGAGAUACUCAUCAGAGGAGAUUGCGGUGUGGAUUACACAGAGUCUAGAAUGUUAAGGUGUUGGCAAAUUCUGAUUAAUUUUGAGAUUUGCAUGGGAGCUUUAAAUAUUUUUUAGGGCAUUGUGCAGUUCAUAUUUAACUUCAACAUGUGAUUUGGUAGUAUCCCAAAGCACAUAAUAAAAAGAAAAUAUACACACUGUUGUUGUUUUUUGCCAUGGUAAAUGUAUUACUAUUUCUUCAUAUCUGAAUCAUAUCAUCCACUUUUGGUAAUCAGUAUUGCUACUCUGAAGUAAGUAGGCUGGGUAUUGGAGUAAGCUGGUUAGAAUAGAAAUUGAGUAGGCUUGAGCCUAAAAUGAAAAGAAACAUACUAUACUUAAACUACUAAAUGUAAUUUGGGGCGUUGUUAGGAUUAAUGUAAUACCACAUGUGUUGAAGGAGCUUCUGAUGAAAUCAUUCCAGUUAAUGUGUUAAAUGUUUCCAAAUAAUUGUUGCUACAAUAUAUUAUAUAUUGCCUAAUUUUUCUUUUGGGAAAGCAUCUUUCAUGCAUAGAUUUAACAGGCUUAAGCAAGAUAAAGCUGAACCUCUGCCUGCCUUUCUGAGAGUAGUAGAUAAUAGAAUGGAAGACAGCAAGAAAAUAUAUCAGAAUACUCUUAUCUGCUGAUGAAUUUAGUUUCUCUGUAUUUCCUGUACUGCCUGUUUUGUGGCGUCUUUAUUCUGAUAAAUGUAUUCAUUUUGUAAAGGAGUUAUAAAUUAUGAAAGAAUAUGCUAAGAAAAUGUUGUAAUAUUUUUAUUCUCAAACAAAAUCUGCUUUUGGCACAAAACCAUGUGCAGAGUUACUUGAAAGUAAGUCCUACAUUUGGUGGAACUUGCUUGUGAGUAAACAAGGAUGGAAUUUGGUAUUUAAGUUGUUUAACAUGUUUGAGCCUAGAAGUUAUUUGGAUAAGCUCUUUGCUGCAGUGGCAAACAUGAUUCGCCAUGCAGAGUUAUUGGGAGAAACAACAGGAGUUUUGUUGUAGUAGUAUUGCCUUUCUCAUUUUCUUCAAAGGAAAUUUAUUUUAAUAAUUAUGAGUGUAGCUUCCUUAGCCAGCAGUCUGCAUUCUCGCUUAGUAUUCAUAUCCUUUACACAAACACAUAAAAAUGACAAAUCAAGCCUGUUUAUAUUUGUGAGAUUGGGCUGAAUAUACAUAAAGAGAGGCAGUGAUAUUUGAUAAUGAUAUUUAUUUAUUUAAGGAUUUAUAAACUGCUUCCCAAUGAAUGUUUCUAAAGUAGUGCAAUGUAGAAAUACCGAAAGAACAACACAUAUAGUAAAAAUUAAGUAUACUUAACAAUCUAUAAAACACUAUCUUAAAAGCACUAAAUUACAAGGUUCUGCAUAGUAUAAAGAGGCAGUCUUCAGGGAAAGGCUUCUUAAAUAGAUACGUUUUCAAACAGCUGCCUAAAAGUUAAAAUGCUAGUUGCUUGACUAAGUUCACUGGGAAGCUGAUUCUAUGGAGCUACAAUCAAAAUGCUAAAUGUUUGGUUUGAUGCCAGACAUACCUAUGGAGCAUACAGAACAACACCCUAUCAGAGCAAAGGAACAGUUCUCAGACAGACAGCUGUAUGGGGCAAAGCAGUCCCUCUGGUAAAGUUGAUGUUGCAAUUAAAGGGUUUCAAAAUCCUCUUCUUCUUUGGCGAUCACUCGUAGCCGAGUAAGAUUGCCUUCCAUGAACAUGGUCUUCUUAACAGUGAGUCCAUAAGUGACUGUGGAGGCCAGUUCUGGAUCCACACGUCCUUCCACAGUGGGGACAUAGGUUUCCAUGAGGGAGUUGAUCGCAGUGAGGGUUUGCCGAACAUGCCUUCCUCUUAGCACGUUUCUCCCUUUCAUCCUGAGUUUGAGCAUCUUCAAAGUCCAUGAUGCCUUUGGUAAGGCUGUUCUCCAGUUGGAGCGCUUGCAGGCCAGUGUAGGUGGUGCAGAAUUUUUUAUUUAUUGUGAUGCUGUGUUCUUGUGAAGUAUUGCAAUAUUAUUAACUGAUAAGCAAUUCAUAAAUGUUUUGUAUUCCUACAGAUUCUUGAAACUAUGCCAAUGACAGACAAGGUUGAAGAACUCCUACAUGUAAUAGGCCCAUUCUAUGAAAUUGUUGAGGAUAAAAAGAGCAGAGGAUCUGGCAUAAUAGCAGGUUGGGAUAUAAACUCUACUUAUCUUAAUUAACUGCAGGUUAUAUUAAGCUAUGGUUUUGCAAUUUGUUCAGCUUCUGUGAAUAAUUUUAAUGGUAAUUGCACUAAUUGUUGCGAAGCCCCUCAGAGCCAGGAGCAAGAAAGCUCUUGCACAAAACACCUCUCUCCAUUUUCCUGACAUGCUCUAACUUCCAUGCAAACGUGUUGCAAGUCUGACUUGCCACAGCUUUCAUAAUAUUAAAACACCUGCAUGUCCUCAAUUAAUCCUGUUGGCUUAAGGUUGGCUGGUUUCACAUAAACCACAAUGAAGGUUAACCUGUUUCUUGGUUUGGACACUCCAUCAACCCAUGGUUACACAAACUGGAAGCAAAAGCUUCUGAACUGGUGGAAUGCACAAGGUCAUGGUUCUGGGGCUCAUUCACAUCAGUGUUUAGUGUAGGGUGUGAGAAACCUAAGGCUUGUUGUUGGACUCAAAAUUCCAUAAAUCCCAGCCAGCUUGGCCAGUGGCAAUGGGGGAGUGUUGUUGUUUUGCUUGUUUGUCUAAAACACACAUAUCAGUGAUAUGGAACCUUUGGCCCACAUACCUAAUGUGGACUGCCAGGCCUUCCCAUUUGGCUCCCAGUGCUAUUUCAGCAAAGUCAUGCCUGCCUGUCCCACACAUUACCAGAUGUGGGGCAGGUAAAGGUGGGACUUGGUCAAAAGGGCAGUGCCUGCAAAAGCCUUUGCAUGGUAGUUUUUCCCAAGGACCCAAUAACCAGCAGAUUGUCAGAUGUUUGGGAGCUGCUGCACGAAGCGCUUUGCAAACCCUGUGCUCAGCCAAGCUCUGUGCUCGACCUGCUUAGGAAGCGCUGCAAAAGUGGCUCUGCAAGUUCUUUUUGCAUUUCCCUCCCGAAAAGGGAGCAAGUUUUUCCCAAAGCACUUCCCCCAGCUCUUUGAAUAGAAACUGCAUUCUUGGCAGAGGGAAAGAUGCUCCAGUCUUAGCAUUUCCGCCUCUGCAGAGCCAUCAAAGGGUCUCCAUCUAGCCAACUGUUAGCUGAUCAUCAGUGAAAAAGAGCCUCUUUGAUUGGCACUGGAAGCACAUCUUCAAAGGCUGCGCUACAGUAACCUUUUAAUUUUAACAGGCGUCUAUCACUUGAUGCUAUUAUAAUGUUUGAUGAUUGACAGAUGGGUUCUCUCACCUGUGAAAAUGGCUCCCUAGUGGGUGAGGAGAUAAAGAUCCGGCCCACUGGGCUACUCCUGAUUUAUAUUCUUUAGCCAAAAAAGGAUCCCAGAGUAGUUCACAGAAAUCAGUAGUGAAGUAAUCCCUAUUCUCAGGUUUACAAUCUGAAAGAGAUGAGCGUAUGAGGAAGAAGGGGUGGGCAGAGAAGAAGAGAAAAAAGAAAGCUCAAACACCAGUCCAAUAAUAUCUGGAGGACUUUAGGUUCCCCUUCCUUGGUUUAGUAUAAUGUCUGAACAUCUCUUCUAUUGAUUCUGGCUUCCCACUGCAUGUACUGUACAUGUAGCAAAAUACAUGUGUUUAUCUAUUUAGCAUAUUCAAAGUACUGACAUGUCAAGUAGCCCUUACUGGUCAAGUGGUCAGUACUGAGCACCUCUGGCAUGCUGGGCUCUGCACUUAAGGUACAGCUGAUGCAGUCUACACCCAGAACUACAUUAUUAUGCAAAUAGCCUGACAUCAAUUGGUUUAAAAUAUUGUCUCUGUGUAUGUAUUUGUGUUUGUGUAUAUUUAUAUGUCUAUAUAUAUCUAGUAGGUUCUCUAAAAUUACAUUUCUUGUCACUUGGCACAGAAUGCCAAACACUACUGGCACAUUUUAAAGACUUAUUCCAGUCAAAGUACUACUCUUAAGAAGAAAAAUAAUAAUUAUGUAGCAUGCAAAUAUUCACUGGCGUUAGCAACAUUGCAGUGAGUUAGGCAUAAAUAGGUUUUCCACUAUUUCCAUUCCAUUUUCAUGCAAAUGUGCGAUAACAGAUGUUAAAAAUCUUUACCAGUAACUGAUUAUUUUCUUUCAAUGGACAAAAUAUAUGUGUCUCUGUUGCAACAAGCCAGCAGCAAAAUUCAGAGCACAUGUAUUUGGUUCUUUGUGAAUGCUAAUAUCCUGUGGUUUUGGAACAUGUGAUGGCCUCAAUUGAUAGCCAAGUCUAGUACGACAUUUUAUUAUGUAGUCCAUUUCUCCAUUCCAAUGGGUAUUCUACUGUUUACCUCCGAACUGCUAUACCACUUGAAUAUUUUGCUUACAAAAUGUGCUUGAAUCAUUUCCCAGUUAUGGUUUUUUCUUAUUGUAGAUUUAAUAUGCAUAUCCUAAAUUCAUACAGGAAAAUUCAGUAUCAAACAAUGGAACCUCUACGUAAAGUAUUUAGGUCAGUGGGAGAAGGAAAACAGAGGCUGCUAUAACUGUUGUGGUGUAUUAAUAACUGAGAUUACAUACAAUACUAGACUAUAUAUGCCUACACAUAAAUAAUUCCCAUUGAGUUCAAAAGGACUUACUCCUGAGUAAGUGGGUAUAGGAUUAUAGCCUUGGGUCCCACUAACAUAGGACUUACUUCUGAGUAGACACAUAUAGCAUUGCAUUGUUAGUCGUCUUCUUGUUCUCCUUGUUCUGAAUAAGUCAGUUUUGUUAAAUUUUCCUUACCAAAGUGCCAAACAACCUCAUAGCUCUCUAGGUAAUCUCUGUCUCAUUUAUUAUUUUAAGGCACCUACUAUAAAGGUUCUAAAUUGAAACCAAACAUUACUGUGCCAGGUUGAUUUCUGACUGUUAUAAACAAUUUAUACAGAUAAUUUAUAGACUCUUCUUUUGGUUCUUAUUAUGCAAAAUGUACAAAACCUAGAUACCAGAACAGAAAACGAAAAAAGGGAACAUGUGAGAUUAGUCUCUGUCUAGGAAAGUGUGAGGAGAGUUCUUUCAUGGAGGCCCUUUGCUGCUAGAGAAAGAGCUAGCUCUGUUUCCAUCGGGCAUUUUUAAAAGUGCUUGUAAGGGCUAUAGUCUGCAGGUGCAUUUAAAUGUAUCCUUGUCCCACUGAUGUGCAAAGUUACGUGGUAGUCCUGAUUUUAAAAAGCAAAUGUGGUACUCAUAUGGGACAUGCUAAAUCCACACCUACCCAUGGUUGCCUCCUUGCAGAAUAUAUCCCGAAGGCUGUUUUCUAUCAGCCUUGUUCUAAUUUGAGAUAAAAGGUGAGCUGAAAUUAAAGUGUGGGAAAGAUAAGCACUGGACAUGCAAAGGGGAAUCUAUAUAUCACUUGCAUACUUGCUAAAGGUAAAGGUAAAGGACCCUUGACAGUUAAGUCCAGUCGUGAACGACUCUCAGGUUGUGGCGCUCAUCUUGCUUUACUGGCCGAGGGAGCCGGGAUUUGUCCACAGACAGUUUUUCCGGGUCAUGUGGCCAGCAUGACUAAGCCGCUUCUGGCAAAACCAGAGCAGCGCGUGGAAACACUGUUUACCUUCCCGCUGGAGCGAUACCUAUUUAUCUACUUGCACUUUUUGGGCAUGCUUUCGAACUGCGAGGUCGGCAGGAGCUGGGACUGAGCAACGGGAGCUCACUCCAUUGUGGGGAUUCGAACUGCCAACCUUCUGAUCGGCAAGUCCUAGGCUCUGUGGUUUAGACCACAGUGCUACCUACCGUACAUAACCUACUGGCUACUUGCUGUUUAAAUGAGAUUCUCCCAGGCUAGUUUGGCCCUAAAUUCCACAUUGUUGCCCAGGCAGUCCUGCUCACCCUGGAAACAAAACUGAAAAGAUGACCAAAAAAGCAACAAAAGCUCCAACCAGUAAUUGUAUGGUCAUGGCAGAGUGGAGAUCUCCAUUAUCAUCUGUGUAGCCACAGGUGCUGUCCAGUAGGUGCAUUUGAGAGUUGCACCUUCACAUACACAGCUUAUCCUAGCAGCAGUGAAAACCCUACUUGCAAAUUGAACGUUCAGCUCUCUGUGAUGGAGCUGUGACCUUGGGGGAAGACAUAAGUAUUUCCAAGAAGAAUUAAAAAAAUAAACAACAUGUGCACAGCCUCAUUUAUGCUCGGCAUAGGGACAGUGAUGUAUUUAAUUGGGUCAGGUUUUGCUCAUGAGAAUCAGUAUGCUUUUGAGAGGCACAAAAGUCUUCUAAUUCCGGUGCAAAAUAAAUUUACAAAGCUAAACUUUUAGAUAAAAAAUAAUGCUCCUAAGGGAAACAUUUGAGGUGGGGUGCAGAAAAGUAUGUGGAAGUUUAGAGGCUUGUUGAUACUUACAGCCAGAACUUAAUGCAACAGAAAGCAUUAUUUACCAUGUUAAGUAAUUUUUUAAAAGCCUCUUAACUAAAGCCAGUUAUUUCAGUGUGCUGACAUACCAGAGAGGAAUGAAAUACUGCUCACAGUUUAUCUCCUUGGAUUGCCAUCUGUGUAACAUGUGCGAGAGUGGACAAGAGAAGCUUAGGAAAUUACUUUCUUGUUGCUAAUGUUUUGAAGGCUUGGUCUGAUGCACUUCUGUUUUCAAAGCAAAGGAGCGCAAUCUGUUCUGCAAGGGACGAACCCACUCUUAAUCAGUAGCUGACCAAAAUAUUAUUUUCAGGUUCGUAAAAAACACUAGACUCGAAAGAAGAAUGUGGCUUCUCCAUCCAGCGCAAGAGGCCUGGCCUGCCUGCAUGAACUUAGGGUAGGCUUGGAAGAGGCAUGUGGAGCACUGUGUUUGCAUUAUCUGGGCUCUGCAGAAGGGAAUUGGGCAACUUUUUGCUUGAAGCGCUUGGGGCAUUGAAGGGUUCAAGGGCCUUAUUCUUUCUGGGGAAGCUAAACUGCAUUGCUUUCUAAAAAAAAUGUGUUGCUGCUCAAAAUGGAGCCAGGCUUUCAGAAACAUUUUCGUGGUGGUAUUUUAUGUGCCUUCAAUUUCAGCUGCACUGAAGAGAAUGAAGGGAAAUAUCAACAUGGACUUAUGUGCUCAUAGGGCUGUGUAUAAAUAAAGAGGCCAAGUAUGUGUCAGAGUAUAAGCAAGUGACUUUUUCCAAGUCUUUAAAAGCAUGCUUAUGAGAUUUUAAAUAAAUGAAUUAAGCUAUACCAUUCAUUGGGACUAUUUUGUUUCCCCCUUCACUGGUUUCAGUGCUGCUUUUUAUUAUGAUGAUAGUUAUAUGUUGGAUUUAUGACAAUCUGUUUUUUUUGUAUUGAUUGAUUUUUCAUUUGGAUUGUAUUUAUAUUUUAUUUAUUAUGAGGACUUGAUUAAUUAGGCAGCAUAUAACUGGAAAAACUAAGCAAAAUAAAUCCAGAGUACCAUAGUUCCAUGAGCCCAAAGAGACUUUGGAGUUGUUUUUCUUGAUUAGCAGCAACCCCAACCCCUGGCCAUGCCAGAUGGCAAAGCAUGUAAUUGGAAUGAAAUGCGAAGAAAAAAGCCAACUGUCUCUUGCAUAAGCCCAAGUAGCAUUUUUUGUUCUGACCAUUAUUUGCGUAAGAUCUGUGUAUUCAUCCAGAAACUGUGUCUUAAAGUAACAGCCUUCAGUAUAGCUUCUUACAAACAACAAAAAUACCUAUACUUAUUUUUGCAGCUUCCAAAUGUUAUAUGUGGAAGUUUAGUAUUAAGGUUGUAUUAUAGAAAAUAUGAAGAAAUACUCAUCACAUGCUGCAACUUCCCAAAUAGUGGUACUGUGUGUUUUAAUACUCCAAAUCCCCUUAUCAGGGUAGCACCUCAUUUGCUGGGAAUUUGUCCCAGUUUCUAGCACCAACAUAACUGGACUUCUUUCUGUCCCCCCCCCCCUUUUUUAAUGGAUAUUCUGUUCUGAUACUGUGUUUGCAUGUUGCAUGGACCAAGAGCGUAGUUGUAUUGGGAAUGGUUUGGAAGAGGGACUGUUGUGACGAGGGAAGUUGUAAUCCUGUUCUUCUUUUUUGUAUUAUUGCUAUAAAAAACUUAAAUUAAAAAAAACCUUGAUUUGGUUUUCUGGUAAUUAGUAAACGUGUGUCUGUUUUCUUUAUGAAUAUUUCUUACCCAUUCCAAUAAGAACCUAUUCCAAUAAAUAGGUUUUCCGCAUGUUACGUAUUGAAGUUCCCCAAAAGCUCAUUUCCUCCAUGGAGAGUCCUUGCAUUGCAAGAAGAGAUUUUCUAGCAGAGGAGACUUGUUUCUGUCAAAGGAAUGUUUGCUAUUCUACAAUAGUUCAAUGAAGUUCUGAAGCUGCAGAAAACUUGUAACAUCUUAUUUUGAAAAUGUAUCCCAUGUUAGCUUUGAAACUUAUUAGUUUGAUUUCUAGGCUUGUGUGCUCGUAAUACUGCACUGUCUGUUUUCUUUGUUUAGCUUGGUUUAUCUCACUUGGAGGGACGGAGGAGAAAUUCACUUUUGUAUUAUUGUUGUUUGUUAUUUAUUAAAUUUGUAUACCGCCUUUCAUCCGAAGAUCACAGGGCAGUUCACAACAUUAAAUUGCAAAAUGCAUAGUAAAGAACAAACAAAAGCAAACCAAUAACCCCCAUCCCACAAACACAUGCAUUUAAAGCUGAAUCUAUCAAAAAUAAUAAUAAUAAUAAUAAUAAUAAUAAUAAUAAUAAUAAUAAUAAUAUUAAGCCACUCUGGGCGGCUUCCAAAAGAAUAUUAAAAUACUGUGAUACAUCAAACAUUAAAAGCUGUCCAGAAUAAUAAUCAAACUGAAACACAGCUAUCCUUUGAAAUGUGCACUUAUCUGAAUUUUGUGAUGCAGUCCUCCAGCCAACUGAUGUAUAUAAAAUGCUUUUACCAGGGAAAAGUAUGUAUAAAAAUGAAGACAGUGGUGAAAACAACCAACAUAAAUGCACUGUAUUAGGGGAAAUUGCUUGCCAAAGUGUGUACAUUAGUCAAAACUACAUAUAACAUGUUUUUAUUAAGAGAAAUUAGCACUAAAAUGGUGAUGAAUUUUCAUGAGAUUUUUUUUAAAAUUGCAAGUUGCUGCAAAAUGCGGAGAAUGGGGGGAAAUUAGAAACUGGGAGAAUGAAAAUAGACAGAUCCUUCCAGCUCUACUCACUGGUCACUACUUGAAGAUUCCCCUUUUUGCCUUCUUGGGUCCUGCCUAUGAAAAAUAUUGCCUGAAUAGUUUGACAACAUGUUUUCCCCAUUUUUCUAUAAUGUAGAAACUGGUUUGUGGUCCUGCAAACUCCUUUUGUUAAUCUAGUUCUGCUUUCACUUGUUGUAUAAUCAGCAACUUCAAUACAGAUUACUUAUUUAAUAGUAAAUAAUAAAUAAAUGCCUGUUCCGUGUUAAACACAAUCACAUGUGCAAAGUUGUUUCUGUCGACACAAAACUAUUUAGAAAUAGGAAAGACUCCUUCUGGCAGCUAUGAAUCUGUGAAAGAACUAUAUGAAAACGCCAAUGCAAAACUGGUUACUGGAAAGAGUUUUAUGGUUUCUCAGAGCCAUUUCUAUUCCUGCAGUCACUAGCAAAUAUUCUAAGCUAUUGGUUUUCAACUAGGAGGUUGAACUGAACUGAGUCACAGCCUGGGGGUGGGGGGUCAUCUGGGGGGUGACACCAGCAGCACUACCACCAGACACAAACAUGGUAAAAUUAGAAGCUGGGGCCCAUAAUGCAUACUUAUGUGAAAGUGAACAGCAGGUCUGAAAAAAGUUGAAUUCUACUGUUGUUCUAAACUUUAUGUAGACCAGAAAAAAUUACAAAGAUUAUUAGAACCUUAUAAAGCAAAUAUUAAGUGGUUUAGAAAUACUUUUUAAAUGAUAGAUUGGAAGCAGAAAAACCCAAAGCAGAUUACUAAACUGUGAGAUAACAUAUUUUAUAAAAUGAAUAAGAUCCUCCAUACAUUUAAAGCACAUCCAACCCAUAUUCAAAGCCCAUUACUUCCCCCUUUGAAUACUGGGAGCUGUAGUUUUCCCAUCACAUAAUUCCCAGCAUCCUUAAUAAACUACAGUUCCCAUGAUUCUUUGUAUGGUGUGGAUCUGUGCAAAGACUGCUUUGAAGCUGAAAUUAAACCCAGAAAUCAAAAUAUUGGGCAACAGAAAAAGAUUAGGUACUCUUCUUCCAGUGCAUUGGAGAGGCUAAAUAUCUUGCAUUACUACACACGAUUUACUUGCGUGCUACCACAUAUACGUGUGGGGCCAGGAAAUAAAUCAAUAAAUCAAUUCAAACAUGGAAAUGGCGGGAGAGAGCUGGUGUCAGGAGUAGGUCAGCAAUAAAAAAUACUGGCGUAAGUAAAAUUAACUCUAUAUUUAAAGAAUCCAAAACUGCACAGACCUAGUGAUCACAGAAACUCUUCCCAGCAGGACUCGCCCCAAUGAGGCAGUUGCGAAGACUGAAGGUCCCCGCCCUCCCACCGUCCUCUAAGGCUCCUCCUCUGGUUCCUUCCCCAGCAACCUAAGGGUCAUUUGUUUCGUCUCUGCUCUGCUCUCUUCAGUUUUCUGUGUGUUCUGGGAGACCACAGGAAGCUUCCCUGGCUUCUUCAGAAGCCUACUUCCAUUCAGUCUCUAGAUCCUGCUCUGCUUCUGCUUCUGUGUCUGGGCUCUGCCACAGCCUCUUCCUGCUCACUAAACCCUGUUACCUCUUCAGGUUCCAACACUUCCUCCUCCCAGUCUGCUCCCUCUUCUCCCUCCGACCAUUCAUCGUCCCACCACCAAUCCCCUGGCUCUGAGCUUUCUUCCCUUGGGGGGUUCCUUAGGGGGUUCCCCAACUGGUGCUUCCUCUGCAUCCAGCCAGACCCUCUCCAGAGUCUGAAGAGGGCAGAGGAAGCCCCAAAGAGUCUGGAGGCACAGCAGGGCUUCGCUUUGGCCUCUCAGCCUCUCUACUUAACAGCCGAUGAACGUGGUAGCAUCCUCCAGCCUCCUGCCAGCCCCAGAGCUUUAAUUCCAGUUGUGGAUAUUUUUGGAUACAGUAUUUUUGGUCUAGGUUGGAGAGAGAGAACGGUGGAGAGGGCAUUUAGAGAGUACUCCUGACUACUCAAUUUUUACUUACGCACGUGGCGGCCUGGAACAUAACCCCUGCAUAAGUGGGGGGGGGGGGACAUCUGUAUGCCAAGGCACAUAGGAUUAAAUUAGGGAACUAUUAUUUAAUGAACACCAUUUGUCAACUUCACCUAAGUGGGUGGUAAUAUGAUUGCACCUCAUGCUUUGUCUUCGUCUGCUGUUUUAAAUUUUGUUCCCAAAACUACUGAGAGAGGGUGCGACAUGAAAGUAGUAGUAUAGUAGUAAGGGAUAUCAGAGGUCAAGGAUAGUGAAGAGAGGAUGGGGAGAGAGUCAAAACUGGUACAGGUGGGUUUUUGUUUAACUGUAUUCUAUGACUUUGUUUCUUCUGCAACCUAUGGAUGUUUGAGCCUUUCUCAAAGAAGGGUUCUGAUUGGACUUUAUAGCAGAGUUCUUGCAUCCGUGAAAGAUAGUUCAGUUGGUAGAGCAUGAGACUCUCAGGGUUGUAGGUUUGAGCCCCACAUUGUGUGAAAGAUUCCUGCAUUGCAGCAGGUUGGACUAGAUGACCCUCGUGGUCCCUUCCAACACUACGAGUCUUUGAUUCUGUGAUCCAUUGAAUUGAACAUAAUCCUAUUGUCUUCCUCUUCAGUCCAUAUGUGGCUAGGUAGGGAAUGUGCUGAUGCUUCAUAGGGAAGCCAUAUUGAUCAUAUAUCCUAACUAAAGUUCUGCAAGCCAUAUUUAUGAGUGAUCCAGCAAAUAAAAAUACCGUAGUCGUUUUCCUUAAACAUCAUCAAAAUGGUUAUUAUUUGGGAAUCAUAUCAAUUUGGGGAGCUACUGUAUUGCACUGGGACUGCUUUGUUUAUCAAACAAAUUUCCUUGUCUGAAACAUUAGUCGACUCUGUUGCGAAAACGAUCCACUCUUGUCACAGUGCCUGGAACAAAAGUAUGGAAACUAAUCUGCCUCGUCACCCUUUAAUUUAUCAUAUAGAUCUGAGUAGCAAAGUCCCUUGCAGACAAAGGGAAGCAGUAAAACAUGUUUAACAAGUCCCAGCUAUUGAUUUGCACAACAAGCAACUUGAAUCAAAAGAUUAAACAUGCUAAAGUUUUUGGCACCCCGAGUAAAAGUUAUGCUAAUACCGAUCACACUCUUCUUGCCUCUGUUGUUUCACUGUUGCUCCGUUGGUAGACCUCCCCAAAUCAGACUGAAAUUAGUAAUAAAAAAGAAUCUUAUUGAAUUGAAGUGGCAUAGGUGCAUACAUACUUCUGUUAUUUAAGGCCAGAACUAAAUAAUUCAUCCCUCGAGUCAAGAAGUGACCAAUUUUAAUACCCUCACAGACUGAUUAUUAUAUAUAUAAUGUUAUGUUGGUACAAAUACCGUAUUGGCCUGAAUAUAAGCAUCACUUUUUUCCAAAUUCCAACCGUGAAAAGUUAAAGUAUGGCUUAAAUUUGCGACCUUACAAAAAUAGGCUUUUACUAUUUCGCUGCCGAAGCAGACAUACGGUAAAAUGGAACGGGUGUGAGUGGCUGCGGAAUUUUAAGAGAGCGGCUUAUAUUUGGGUAUUGCCUUUUUUUCUUUCUCCCCCUUGAAUUUAAAAGGUGUGGCUUCUAUUUGGGCCAAUACAGUAAUAGUGUUUCAGGAAGACGUUGAAUUUUCUUCUGGUUUCAAAAUAGAGAAUAUAUGACUGAAUACUGAAGGCUUGCUUGACAUUUAAAAUUGUUGGCUUUGAUAGUGACAGCCUAUCUCGCAUUCCUGUAUCUGUAGCCAUGUAAUAAUAAUACAAAACUAUAAGUUCUUUACUGACAUAAAUUUAGUUGAUAUAAAAGCUGAAGCAUAUCUAUAUCUGCUCUUCUCACACAACACUUUGCAUUGAAUACUUUUAUAAUGAAGUAUGCCAUUGCUAAAAGAAGCUUUCUAAGCCAUGGAGAAGUUUGGCUUCUGAAUAGUAUUGGCGUACCUACGGUUUCUUGCCUAAGCAAUGGAUUCUGAACCAAUAGCAAAUAGUUAAUGGUGUGUUUUGCCCGAGAGUAGAGAGCCUGUGGCCUUCCAGUUGUUGCUGGACUCCCAACUCUCAUCAGCCCUAGACAACAAAGUUCAUGGCCAGGCAUUAUGAGACCUCAAGUCCAGCAACAUUGGCAAGGUCACAUUCCCUGCCCUUGAAAACCCUAAAAAAUCCAAGUCUGGUUUCAAGCUAUGAUAAGGAAUUUUCACUUACCAGUACAGAUGCUGUGAGCCAAAGGAGGGAAAGUUUGGGGAAAAUAUAUAUAAUAUAUGAGAAUUAUAUUUAAGGACAAGAGGUAGAAAUUGCCUUGAAUUGAUUUAUUUUUUAAAAAACAAAUAUUUAAUAACUACACAAUUAUUUUAAAUCUCCUAUAGUAAAUAUUCAUUUUCUGAACUUACUUUUAGACCUUGGAUAUUCCAUAACGUCUAUGCCAGCUGUGAAUGGCAAAUCUGAAAGCAGCGACAGCGGAGCAGAGUCGGAGGAGGAACCCCAUCAGGAAGAAAUAACAGAGCUAAAGCAGGUUGAGAAAGGUACAGCUUUAUUUCUGAACCGCACCCACCUUUUCAUAGCUGUGCUUCUUUCCAGUCUUGCUCAAUCAGACUGUGGCUGCUGUGGAACACAAAAAAGCAAUGGUCCCGUGUCUCUCUGCCCUACAUUAUUUUGUAAGAGUGAGCCCUGUUUGGAAACUUCAGAUUUCAGAAGAGGCUUGGGAAUCUGAUUAUCAAGAUGUAAUCCUGCCCCCACUUACCUAGGAGCAAAUUCUGAACAUGAUGGAAAAACAUGUGUUGUUGGGAUGUAAGCUUUUGUGUACAAUUGUGGUUUGUUUUUUUUUAAUGGAAAGAUCUUUAAUAGAUUGGUAAUAGGAGUGAUGAGUGAAUGCAGGACAUGUAACUGCAGAGAUGGAAUGCGUGCCCACAAUUUAAAUACAAAGUAAGACACAAAAAAAGUCAAAAGCAACAUGCAGGUAGUUGGACUAUGGGUGGUUCAGCUUUUCUUCCUUUUCUUUAUUAUUUUGUAACCAAUGGAAACAUUGCAUAAUGAAUUGUGUAGUACAAGUAACUUAACAUUGCAAUCCAAACCUUAAGUAAAGGUAAAGGGACCCCUGACCAUUAGGUCCAGUCAUGACCGACUCUGGGGUUGCGGCGCUCAUCUCGCUUUAUUGGCCGAGGGAGCCGGCGUACAGCUUCCGGGUCAUGUGGCCAGUGGGACUAUGCCGCUUCUGGCGAACCAGAGCAGCGCACGGAAACACCAUUUACCUUCCCACCAGAGUGGUACCUAUUUAUCUACUUGCACUUUGACGUGCUUUCGAACUGCUAGGUUGGCAGGAGCUGGGACCGAGCAACAGGAGCUCACCCCGUCACGGGGAUUCGAACCGCUGACCUUCUGAUCGGCAACUCCUAGGGUUAAACCACAGAGCUACCUAUGUCCCUUGGUCGGGGCUUAACUGGCUAUCAGGCCCAGAGCCACAUCCAUAGCUCAGCUACUCUCACAGCCUGGUGCAGAAGAGGAAGGGGAACACUUUGAAUCGUUACAGCAACGAGGCCCACAUUAGGCCCAGUGCUGACAUGUCAUUGCAGUGGGGCUGGCUUGAUAUCCAGCAGAUCCUGUGCUAGCUCAGCCCCUUGCUGUUAUAGGACUUUCCGUAGGCUUUCACCAGUUGGGAUCCUGGCAGUGGGGCUUCCACACAUUUAGUUGGAGGCUUCCAUACCAGUGGAGUAAUGCUGCCCACUUCAUGGACAGAGACUGUCAGAGAUGAGUAGAGUCAGUGCUGGAUUUACGUAUAAGCUAAACAAAAGCUAUAGCUUAGGGCCCCCACUCUUGUGGGGACCCCCCAAAAAAUUAAAGGGAAAAAAACCUGGAUGUACAUUUCCAAAAUAUAAUAUAAAAAAUAAAAAAUAAAACCUACAUACAGCAACAGUAUUUUGUGUUGUGUAGGCUUCUAUGAUGUAAGUAAAGGGCCCUGCCUGCUAGGCUGCUCCCUAAAAUAUCACUGGUUUGCUCAUUUCCAUAUAUAGGGUGCCUACAUUCUGCAUAGACUGGUUGCAUGGCAACAUGUGCAAAUGUCUUUAGAUACCUAUUAGGUCCACAAAUUACCAUAUAGCAUAUAUUCGGCACAAAAAACAGUGGCAAUUUGUUGUUGACAAAGGACAGCUGGACAUAGAAAGGGCCCCAUUACCUUCAGUAAUUUAGGGCCUCAUCAAACCCAAAUCUGGCCCUGAGUAGAGUUCAUUAAAUCUAUGAACAAAUAAAAAAAGCACAUUUGUAAAAACUAGUAUAUUUCAUAGUAUAAGUCUGUUUGAAAUGUUGUCCCCUUAUUUAUUGGUUUUACAGAAAGUGAGAGUCUGGGACCAGAUUUGCCGCCUGCUCAGGAGUUGGACUGUGUUGUCGCCAACGGUUGCUGUGAAGAUGUCCCAAAUACUGACAUUCACAAUGGCAUACAGACUAAAUCUGCUCUGAAUGGUAUAAAUGUGGAUGAAGAAGUAAAGAAGAGAGACAAGCGCCUUGAACUACCUCUAAUUUCUAAUUUUGGGUCUUCUCACCAAGGUGCUUUCCUCACGUGCAUUUUUCCAAAUUAGUCUAUAUGUUUGUCAAGCAGAAUUUUCCAGUGGUGAAGACUAUCCUGGGAAUUUGCUGUCUGGUUUGUAAAGAUUAUUUCCUCACUUUUACCAAGCUGUAGUGGAAAUGAUUGGAGAUUUAAACUUUGGUAUGCUUUAUAAUAUAUUCUGUAAACUUGUUAAUUUUUUUAUGCCAUAUUUACUCGAGUCUAAUGCGCCAUCGAAUCUAAUGCGCACCUCAGUUUUCAGAACCUUGAAAAAAAAAGUAUUUGCUGGCGAAUGUAAAUGUGCCAUUGAAUCUAAUGCACACCUUAAUUUUCGCAAUGUAAUUUCGCCAAAAAAGGUACGGAUUAGAUUUGAGUAAAUACAGUAUUUGACUGUUGUGUGCCCUCCGUUCAUAUACUUACUGUGUCUUUGUGUGAUGGAGAAUCAAAGUAAACUCCUCCAUGUACAGUAAAUGACACUGAGGCUUCUUCUCUUCUGACUGACAAGUUUCUUCCUCCUCCUCCCAAAGUGGUUGGGAGAUUCAUGCAAAUAAAGUGCUUACACAAAGGGCAUCCAUGUGGAAAAUAUAAUUGAGAGAGGUGGGGUUCAAAGUAAUUAGGAUAAAUUAACCUCAACAAUCACAUCUAACGAUAUUGCCCCAUUGUGAAUAGCUAUUGCAAGCAGUGCUUUCACCUGCUUUAUCUUAAGCAGACAACUUACAUAAUAAGCUUUUUAAUAUUUGAAGUGUGAUCAUGUGCUCACUGUUUAAACCAGCCUUUCUUAACCUUGGGUUACCAGAUGUUGUUGGACUACAAUUCCCAUCAUCCCUGACCAGUGGUCUUGCUAGCUAGGGAUGAUGGGAGUUGUAGUCCAAAAUCUGGGGACCCAAGAUUGAGAGAGGCAAGUUUAGACUGAUUAAAUAUUUAUACGUGGACUUUUGCACUGUCAUUGUUUUAUUCUUGCCCAAAUUGGCCUGUUUGCACUUAUUAAGUGUUUGGUCAUAUACCUGUGCACACAGGUGCAAAUGAAGAUACCGCUGAAGAGGUCUCUGGCAUUCAGCACUUGACAAGCGAUUCGGAUAGUGAAAUAUACUGUGAUUCCAUGGAGCAGUUUGGACAAGAAGAGGUACAGUUUAUCAAGUUUUGUACUGAAUGUGAAAAGGUAACAUAAAGUGACCAGAAUCCAAAGAGACAUGAAAUUAGUUCUUUGAACCUACAUGAUCUUUAAACUUGUUUGCUUGAACAGCAAUCCUUUCAUGCUGCAAGGCAGACUGAUGAAAUCAGUUCCUGAUAUAGCAUGAAGAUAACUGCUCAAAGCCCAAAAUUCCAGGGGUCUCACAUAACUGCCUUCUGUAAGCCUAAGCAGUUCUUUAGAUUCUGCUAAACAGAUGAAGGGUUAGAAUCUGGAAGACAUAAUAGAAUGUACCGUAUUUUUCGUUCUAUAGGACGCACAUUUCCCCCUCCAAAAAUUAAGGGGAAAUGUGUGUGCGUCCUAUAGAGCGAAUGCAGGCUGCGCCGCUAAGCCCAAAGCCAGAACAGGAAGACGGAGCACUGCGGAGUGCUCCGUCUCGCUGCUCUAGCUUGGGGACGGCUGCGCGCAAACCUCUGCAGGGCAGCAGGGCGCUGCGCUCCAAAGGCUUCAGGGAUCUUUGAGGCUGGCGGUGGGGGAAAGCAGCGCUUCCCCCCACCGCCAGCCCCACAAGCUCUGGUGAAUGUACCUUGUUUUAGAGGGGGAGAACAAGAAAAAAAAAUUUUUCCCUGUUCUCCCCCUCCUAUGAUCCAGUGCGUCCUAUGGUCCGGUGCGUCCAAUGGAGCGAAAAAUACGGUACAUCUAAUACAACGCUUCCACAGUCUGUAUAAUGGUCAGCCUAGGUGUGGCUUUAAAUGUGUCUAUUGCUUUUAGCAUGCUUUUAAAAUAUACAGUGGUGCCCCGCAAGACGAAUGCCUCGCAAGACGGAAAACCCGCUAGACGAAAGGGUUUUCCGUUUUGGAGGUGCUUCGCAAAACGAAUUUCCUAUGUGCUUGCUUCGCAAGACGAACAUGUCUUGCGAGUUCCUGCAGGGUAUUGUUCCUUUGUCCCAAGCCGCUAAACCGCUUAUCAGCUGAUGGCUAAGCCGCUUAACAGCUGAUGGUAAGCCGCUUAUCAGCUGAUCGUUAAGCCGCUUAUCAGCUUAUCGUUAAGCCGCUUAUCAGCUUAUCGUUAAGCCGCUUAUCAGCUGAUCCACUAAGCCUGCUAAGCCGCUAAUACUGUAGCACUAAUCCGCUAAACUGCUAAUGGGCUUGCUUCGCAAGACGAAAAAACCCGCAAGACGAAGAGACUCGCGGAACGGAUUCUUUUCGUCUUGCGAGGCACCACUGUAUAUGCUCCUAGGGGAGCUGAUAACUACUCUGUUUGCAGCAAAUGAGAAAGGAGAGUUUAACUCUUUCUUACCCUGCUGAAGUCCUUUCAAGCUGCUAUUUACUUUAGAAAGAAAUCUACGUUUUCCACAACAUGCAUAUUAAAUGCAGAGGUGCCCCUGGACCACAACAAUAGCCCACAAAAGACUCUAACAUAGGUGGUAUGUUAGGUAUAUUAGGUAUCCCAGCUUUAUGGGAAAUACUUUAAGGAAAAUAUAAUAGCUAAUUCUCUUAACUUGUAGAUAUUGGAGUCAACGAAAGGAUUUUCAAAACAUCCAUUACAUUUCUCAGAAGUAGACCACAGCAGUCUGCUGGGUGCUUCUGGUUUUCUUGAACUUGGAAACUACAAGACAGACGGUAUAAUGGUGGCUGCACUUGAAGGAAAAGGUGAAGUCAAGUGUGGUGGUGAGGAUGGCAAGGCAAGUGAUGGAGGCCCUCACAAAGAAAAGAAAGGUGGUGAAAAGGUGGAUUUCUAUGGAAUCAGAAGAGGGAGAGGUACUGCUGGAAUAUUUGUUUUGUUAUGUUCUUAUGUAGAUAAGCAAGUCUAGUGCCAUACUUUUUAUUUUAUUUUUGUAAUUUACAAAACAAAUGUUUUCAUAGUCUGAUUUUUAUAUGGAUUAAAAAUCAUGCCUUAUUUCUCAAUGCUUUCUCUUUCCCCUAAAUUUAGGUCAUAGAAUGCACCCUUUGGGUGAUGGCGCCCAAGGUGGACAAAUGGGUAGUGGUGGAGAUGGAGAACGAUGGGGGUCAGAUAGAGGACCAAGAAGUGGCCUCAAUGAACAAAUUGCAGUAGUGCUUAUACGAUUACAAGAAGACAUGCAAAAUGUCCUUCAGAGAUUGCAUGCAUUGGAAACACUGACAACUUCACAGGUAAGAUGUGCUUGUAUUCUAUAAAGUGAUGUCCAGUGUUAGUCCGAUUUUACCUCAGUGCUCCUACUCGGGGCAUGACUUAGUUGGAGAUCAUCCUUAUUCUUUCUUUUAAAAAGCUUGAUUAUUGGAGUAAUGUAUGUAAGCAUGUGUGUAAUGUAGUGGAGUUUGUAUGUAAGCAGGCUUAAUUGCAAAGGAUGGAUGCUUGGGAUCGACCCCUCCAUAUGGUUAUUUGGACCUUCCGAGUCUGGUGAUGGGCUAUCAGAGGAUUGGAGUAGCCGAAGUCUCCAAGCUUUGUGGAAAUUUGAAGUGGUAUUAUUUGCUGUCUGGCUUGGGCAAUGGGUUUGGGAUGGACUUGCUGCAAAGGGUCAAAAGCAUUUUCUUGCUGGAGCAUCCACGACUGGAAAGGAAUCAUCAACAAGAGUGGCGAAAGGGGCAAGAAAGAGACUUGAGGGCCUCGGAUACGAGACAACCAGGUUAAGGAGCCGGAUUAUCGAGGUUAAAAGGACUGACAAUCCCGGGUCCAGGGGAGGGAGGUUGGAAGCUGACUGGACUGAAUUUGACUUAUUAUUUUUUCUUUUUAUUUUUUAAUAUUGGGAAUGCUUACAAAUGUUUGAAGGAUGUUGAAUGAAAUUACAUGGCUUAAGUAAGGAUUGGUAAAUGAUUCGUAAAAAGGUAAUGAUGCAAGAAUUUGGUAAAUAUUGAAUAUAAGGAUGGAUGGCAGGGAAGAGGUGGCAAAAUCAUCACUCCAGGCAGAAGUGUUCCAUUUCAUGAUGUGAGCAACAAUGUUACGUUGCAAUGUUUCAGAAACCACAGUAGGAAUAUAGUGUGAAGCUGUGAGUAUAAAUUUGAAACAUAAUUUGUCACUGUGUUAAAUUUGUGUUUUAUUUGCAGGCAGGAACUGCAACCAUACAUUCAAAUAAUCAGACUCCCUCACCUGCUAAGGUAAGAUCUUACCAACUUUCAACAGAGCAGCUUUGAUUUUUAUGUUGGCUUUCCUUUGACUGUAUGUAGAUUAAAAUGGAACUUUUCAUAACACAAUUAUCUUAAAAAGAGGUCAAAAAGCAGCGUUUUAAAUGCUGUUGCCUUUUGUCUCCUGUUAAUUUGAUCCAUUUGUUUUAGUUAUUACCCUGAUUAAUCUCAAAUAUUUUUUGCAAGACAGAUCUACAGGAGGAAAUUUUAAAGCAGUUCUAAAUGUAGAGACUAGGGAGGAAUAUACAAGUGACACAGUGCCCAUUUGGGGCAGAACAUACAGGUUCCAAAUAUAUAAUCUUAGAUAGUUCUAUGUCUAUGCAGACAUUUACCAACAUCUUAUAUAACUGGAGAAAUUAUUUUUUUGUGUGUUAUUUUAGAGACCUUCCUGGUGGCCGUUUGAGAUUUCUCCUGGUACUUUAGUCUUUGCUGUUUUCUGGCCAUUUGCUGCCCAGUGGCUGGUACAUGUGUAUCUUCAAAGGAGAAGGAGGUAAGACUGUCAAUCCUGUUAGAUUUGCUAAUUUACUCUGCUAAAGCACGAGUCCAUGCUGCCCUUUGGAUCUUUGGCCUCUCCCUCUCAAUUUCCUUUCUUGAUUGUGUAUAAUCUUAUCAGCACACAAGGAUUUUUUUCACAAGGACCAUAAAGAUUCCAUUUUAUAUUAGGGAUAUAUCUUUUCACACAGAUAGUGUUUUGCUGGAAUAGAACACCAGUCAAAGCAGAAUCUUAUGCCAAGCUGCCUCAUGUGUUGCACUUGCAUAGUUUGUUGAGUAGUCAGUGCUGUCCAGUGGUCGAGUCUUAACUUUUUUCUGAAGAAAAUAAUGAAGACAUCAGGCUUAUUAUUAGGUAUGAGAGUAAUGGACAGACAAAUGGAAGAUUUGUCCUGAUAUCACUUGAAUUUGGGGGAUACGUCUCUUGUUUGGUAGGAAUUUAGAAGCGCAAGCUUAAUGUGAAAUACGUUUUGCCAUGAAUGUAUUCAAACUAUUAACAAUAAGUAUUUUUUUUGUUGAAAAUUUUCCACUAAAGUUUUUCGCCAAGCCAAGCCUUGUAUAUAUAUUAUAUAUAAAGGGACCCCUGACUGCUAGGUCCAGUCACGAACGACUCUGGGGUUCCAAGUAAAGCUCAUCUCGCUUUACUGGCCGAGGGAGCCGGUGUACAGCUUCCAGGUCAUGUGGCCAGCAUGACAAAGCCGCUUCUGGCGAACCAGAGCAGUGCACGGAAACGCCGUUUACCUUCCCGCUGGAGCGGUACCUAUUUAUCUACUUGCACUUUGACGUGCUUUCAAACUGCUAUGUUGACAGGAGCAGGGACCAAACAAUGGGAACUCACCCCAUCACAGGGAUUCGAACCACCGACCUUCUGAUCGGCAAGCCCUAGGCUCUGUGGGGCUCUGUGUUUAGACCACAGCACCACCCGCGUAUAUAUAAUGGAGUUGAAGAGCCUUUGUAUCUGCUGAAUUUCUGGACAUUUCACCAACAACGGUCAUGUUACAGAAAUGUGUAAAGCAGCUUAUUCAUUUUAGUAUUAAAAUGAAUAAAGUAAAACAGUAAAUGGUAUUAAUCAGGGAUGGUGUAAUUCUAAGCAUUUUAAGGCUUAGAACAAGAAUAUUGUAAAAUGUUUAUGGGUAAAUGAAAGUGUUGGGGUAGCAAUUUUGCAUGCAAUUUCAACAAAGUCGACAGACUGCUAAGAAGAAAUACUUAGGAUGGCAUUUCAAGUUGGUGUUUUCUUCUCCCCUUCUCAGAAAACAAAACUGAGGAUUGAAUUCCUGAUUUUACUUAAGGACUGCUAACAUGGAGACUCUGGAAGGUGAAGUAAUUUAAGAGACCUGCAAGAACUGCAGAUGCUGGGAUGGCUACAUCUUUCUUCUAUUUUUUUCCUUUUGCACUACCUGGCAUACCAUACAUGAAUGGUCCCUUUCUCUUAGGUUACAAAUAAAUACAACUAUCCCAUCCAGCAAUCACAUGAACCCUAAAUUAAUUGUUUUGGAAUGUACUUUUUGGAUGAACAGUCUGUAGAGUUGAAGGCUAUUACUGCAGCAUCUACUGAGAGUGUUUCUUCUUCCCAAAGCUGGAAUGAAGAAGUUCCUUCAAUUAAUGAAAAACAACAAAACAAUAAUGAAAGCCUGUGAAUUGUUACUUUUAACAUGAUUUAUUUUAUAAUGCCGCAGAAGACUUUCCACAUAGCAUACAAAACAUACAAUAAGCUGAGGAAACUUUAAAGUCUGGAAUAAUCCAAGUAUCUGGAUUGUAUGACUGCAAUUAACAUUGUAGCUCUGGGAGAUCUAAUAUAUAAAUUGCUGCUACAUAGAUGAGGUAGUUUUUUAGGAAACAAAUCAAGGGUUUGAAGCUGUAGAUUGUACUUCCAUGGGGACCAUCAGUGCUUCUUUAAAAAACAAGUCAAGCAUCUUAAUUUGUUAGAACAGCAGUCAGAGUUUGAAUAUGGCACGAUAGAGUCAGAACUCAGUACACAGAAUAAAGUACAUAAAAUGGCCCUGGCACCCCCUAACGUAUAUUGUCUUAUUGAAAUUAAUGGAACAAGAAUGUAAGUACAGUUUAUUGUAAAUAGUCCUUAAUGUUCAGUUUCAGAAGUUGCAUAAUAUUAAUUUAGAAGGUGUUCAAAAUGCAUGUUAAAAACUUACACUGCUGUCCCAGGAAAUGUAUAGAAACAGGCUGUUGUGAAUGGAUUGGCUCCAGUGCUAGGGCAAUAGGAAGCUGCUGCUGCAGGAAAAUCCUGCAUCCAAUACCUUAAAGGUGACUAAGCUGUGUUACAUGUGCAGGCUAGACCUGGUAAAAGGGCCUCCAUUAUAUAUUUUCUCACUAGGGUUAUAAACCUAUGACUAUUACCAAAUACAGCAGGUGAGGCUUGUAUGAUUGACUGUUCCUCCAUACCAGAAAUUCCACAUUAUUUUAAAUAAAAAAAAGAGAGCUUUUCCCUACCAUGUUUCUGUGUGGAGGAUUUUUUUUAAAAUUGGGACAAGCAUUCAGUCUUCCCAUCUCCUGUUAGAAGUAGUGACAGUCCUGGCACAGAUUCAGCUGGUGUCAGUGUAAUUUUGCCCCUCGACUCAAGCCAGUUAGCCCCUUCCUGCUCCCAUGGCUAAUCAGCACUGUCAGCUUAGACCACUGUGUGUGUGUCUGCAUGUGCACACAUGCACAUGUGAAUACUCUAAAGCAGCAGUUGGCACCCAAACUUUUGUUGCAUUUGCAGCUUAGGGCCAUUGCUUUUUAAAACUUUAGGGCAAUAUUUCUAUUGUUUUAAUAUUUUUUACAUACCUAAUUGCUGCGGCAUUUUCUCAUACCCGGGCCCUUUACAAGUGCAAGUCUUUUUCCUUUAAACACUUUCAAGACAAUUUUAGCAUUGUCACUUUAUUAGAUUUCUACUUGAUUAGAUACCUAUUUGAAUAUAACAGCCUGAUAAUUUCAGUAGUAACAUCUCAGACUACAACUAGAAGGGACUUUUCUAUAGCAAAUGAGAAAGCUAGCAAUUAACUAACAUUACAUUUUGUUAUAUGAUGUUAUAAAAAUCAACCUAAAGUGAUUGCUUUUCAGUUUGUGUAUUGAAAAAAUAGAAAAACGUAUUCUAGACCUGUGAAAAGAGCAGCAACUCCACAGCUGCUUACUCCUUCAUGAACCUGCAGUCAACUGAUCUACUUUAAAGUAAUUUCUGGACUGUGACAUUUUUUGCACUGUGUAACUCUUCCGAGUGAUGCAUUACAGAAAGCUCAUGGGCAGUGUUGCAUCUGCUCUGAUGGCAAGGUCUUGAAGAAAAGCACCUUCAUACCUGUUAUAUGCUAUAUAAAUAAUGUAAUUACAGGAGUUAGAAUUUCUGCCUUGUUUACUAGAACAUGAUUUUGAAGUUUAGUUUUAAAAGUUAGUUCAUCUUAAUCUACUGUAAAUAACAUUUAAUAAAGAAUGACAGGAGCAUUAUCAAAGGACAUUUUAUAACUGAAAGAGUGAUUGAAUGAAUGUAACAUAGGCCUGUUUGAAGUUUAAGAUUUCAAGGUUCUCAAAACAGUGACCGGGUUGGAAUAUGACAAUAAGAAUACUCUUGUCCUAAUUGUUCCAAGUUGCUUUAUUCUCAUCAAGGAUGAAGGGGAUCAG